AUGGGCAAAAAAUAUCACAAACGCAAGAAGAAAGCAUCUUCGAGCGAUUCUGAGAGCGAAUCAAAAGACAGUGCCGCUCUAAUCCUCAAUUACAAAAACUUGAUUCAAAAAUCAGUCACCCAAGAUCUCGAUCUUCAUUACAUCAUCGUAAACAACGCCAUAGCCGCACUCUAUCUCGAUCGUCGUGCAGACGGCCGAGUCGUAGUCGGGCACCUUCGGUUGUGGUUCCUUCUGACAGGAAAUAGACACCUAAGCGCCGGCGAUUGGAUAUCACAGCUGAUCGUACUGGUGGCGAUGUUAGCCGCGAGGAUGACGAGCGGGAAGAGCCGACGGUGUUGCCACGUGCCACGUGUAGUGCCACAUCCUCGCAAGUUCCCAGAGUGUUUUGAUAACGUGUGCACCGUUGUUUUAGAAAAUUCUAAAGACUUAUGUCGGGUUCAUGCACGACUUAAUGUAACCGAAUUUAAGGAUCAGCUGUUUCUACAUCAGUGUCCUCCACAUGUUACGCCGCCAGAGGGUAACUAG